ACGACAUUGCCAAGGCUCCCCAAAGAUAGCAUAGCAGCAGCACUCACAAUAGCAAAAACCACCAUCCGUCGUCGCCAACCGUAGCAAGAACAUCACCACCGCCCAGCAAUAAUGGCGCAGAGCAUGAGGAUUGUGGCGCUGGCCCUGGUGGCCCUGCUGGUGGUGGCGGCGGCGGCGCCCGUGGCCACCGCGUACGGCUGCUACGACGACUGCUACGAGCGCUGCGCCAACGGCAAGAAAGACCCCGCCUGCACCAAGAUGUGCAACCAGGCGUGCGGCUCCACGGAUCAGGGCGCCGGUGCCGCCGGCGCCGCGCCGGCUUGAUCGCCCAGCGCAUUCAUCGCUUCAGCUCGAUAUAAUCGCUGCUCCGUCAGCAACCCACAUAUGAUUCGAUCAAUUUUCCUCCUCUAAUUUCUCGACCCCGUCGAAUUUUUUUCCUUUCUAUUCUUCUACUAUACUACUACUAUCUGUUUGUCGCGUUGAUUUCUUCUCAUACAUCGAUCGAGGAUCGACUCAUCGUUUUGUAAUUCCUGCAAUUUGUAAGUGUAAUGACCUAUAUGAUUUAGUCUUCCUUUUAAA